AUGUUUUCGUUGCACGCCUUUUUUAUAUUAUUGGUCACAACCACAGUAUGGAGUGAUAGUCCAGAUGGAGCAUUUAGAUUAAAUGUUCCACUUUGGGAUGUGAAUGAUUUGUAUUCGCGCAUAUCCAAUGUAUUUGGUACUACAAGUACCACAAAACCACCACAGGUGGCGCCUGAAAAGCCAACCACAGCCGUGCCUUGGGACGCCUAUUACAGCGCGAUCAUGCAGGAAUUUUACAACAAGAAACAUGGAAUGUUUCCAGGAAAUGAUCUGAUGGCCGCAGAACCUUUGCCCGUGCCUGUACCGGUUCCAGUCCCUCUUCCACGUCCACCGCGACCACUAAGGCCACUGCGGCCUCACAGACCACCGCUUCCAAAUCGACCUAGACCCAGGCCAACACGAAAACCAAGGAGAAGCACCACAACUACAACCACCAGGCGAACAACAACCACACGGAAAACUUCUACGACUUUGUCCACAACAACGGAAUCGCCAAAAACUACCACGAGUACUUCUACUACAGUCGCACCUACAACCAAUUCAACAACUGAACAAUCAACGACAAUAGAGCCAUCUUCAACAACAGGUGGAUCCUCUACAACAGGAGGCUCAUCGACCAUAGGUGGAUCUUCUACAACAGGAGGCUCAUCGACCACAGGUGGAUCUUCUACAACAGGAGGCUCAUCGACCACUGGUGGAUCUACAACAGGAGGCUCAUCGACCACUGGUGGUUCUUCUACUACAGGAUCAUCAACAACUAGCAUAUCAGUAUCUUCCCGACUAAAAGGAAAAUACAACAUCUUACGAGCUACAACAGUCACUCCUUUACGUUUCCAUCAUAGUCAGUUCCAGAGUAGCCCCAUUUCAACUCCAACGGUGCUCAGUUUAGAAGGACUGCCAGCGUCUUCUGGCUUUCUUCGUCCUGAUCUACAACUUUCAGUGCAAUCGGCGCCACAGUCUGUGACGACGUUGUGCCAUAACUAUCCUCGCCUAUGCGAUCACCCAGAAGAAGCCCAAUAUGUUCGCUUAGUCGAUGGAUUUGGCAAGCCCAUGCUUCUUAUAUCGCCAGGAGGCGUGUCAAGUAGCUCUUUUCGUUUAAAUGAAGCACAACGGCCCUUUAGGUCAAAGGAAAAAUCCUGGAAAUCGGUGCCACCACGACAAAAGAAUCCUUCCAGAAGUAAAUAUAUUUACAAGUUAAUUAAAAAACGAAAUAAUCAAAGACUUUAA